UUGACCCCCAGUGUCACUGGGGCUGAGGAGGGGGGUUGACCCUCAGUGUCACUGGGCUGGGGAGGGGGGGAUCAGCCUCUGCAGCACAGAAAGCGGCCACUCAGCCCAGUCCUGUGUGAACUGACUCUCCAGAGAAUUGUGGGCUCGGAGUGACCUGGUUGUGUCUCCAGCGAUGGCGGUGCUGAUGGAGAGGAUUCACCGCUCACUGCUGAACCUAAUCCUCCGCCCGUUCGGCCGGCGCGUGGCCAAACCCAAAGCCUCCGAGGUGCUGAGCCGCCACCUGCAGCAGCGGAGCCGGCCCUGCUGGACCUCCUACUUUGUGAAGUACAGCGCCGUGGAGAACGACCAGUUUGGACUCUCGCAUUUCAACUGGGACGUGGGAGGCACGAAUUACCACAUCCUCAGGACGGGCUGCUUCCCCUUCAUCAAGUACCACUGCUCGCGAGCCCCCCGCCAGGACCUGCGCCUGGAGAACCGUUUCUUCACAGCCCUGAAGGUCGUUAACCUCGGUAUCCCCUGCUUGGCCUAUGGGAUCGGCGCCUGGUGUCUGAUCCAAGUGACUGAGGUUGUCCACACGUCGUCCGGCCCCAUAAACAUCUACUUCCUCUACCAGGAGGACGAAGGAGCGGUCCACUGAAGUACCAAUCAGACAUGGGUUUGUGUCCACCUUGCACAAGCUCACAGAGCCUCGUUGAGAUAGAAAGGGAUCAAUUGUGCAACAUUUCUUAACAGAUUUCCUAGUUAAGAAAACAGAUGGGAGUUGGCGCCAAUGCUCCUGGAAGCCCGCGACACAGACUGCUGGUUACUCAGUUAAGAAAUCUGUUAGCAAAUACUGCAAAAUUGACCCGGUUAAACAUUUUGUAAAGAACAAACGGUAUGGAUUUAGCUGUAAGCCGUGCAGCUGAAAUAUUCUGUGUCACGUUUCAUGUUGUGGGCUUUUCAUGGCAGGUUAGUGGUGCUCGUUGAUUGUGCCGGGUCUGUGAAAAACAGGUGAUAAAUAUUAAAAUAUUUUAUGGUUCUGAUCUAA